AGAUGACUUCAAGAAGUUAAGAGCAUUACUUGGUCAAGCUUCAAAAACCAAAACAAGCUGGAUAGAGAUGCUGUGGAUUUUUUCUUUCUUUCUUUCUUCCUUUCUUUUUGUGGCUCAAGGAAUGUUAUAGUUAAACAAAAGAAGUCAUGAUAAAAUGCAAGAGGAUCGAUUACAAAAACCAUAGGCCAGAAUAUCGUACAAUUUUUUUCUAACUAAAAUCUAAAAAUAGCGCACACGAAUCACAGAAAGAAUUGCAGAUGUUAUCUUGGUAUUAUCAAUACACCAAAGUAGAAUAUGCCCACAACCUCACUUCUUUGGAACAAACCAGGAAGUACUACUGUUUUGGGGUUCAACCAGCUGUUGCAAACUAAUACCUUAGGAAACGGUGGAAAAAGUCUUUCAAAUCCUUUGUCCAAAUGUUCUAGACUUUUUGGACAUGGACAUAUACAUACUAGAUUAAUAAUAAGGAAGACUUAUCACAAUUUCAAUGGAUACACUUAAGACUAGCACGAGAGUUUUGUGGGAGACUUAAUGCUUUUGAAUUUCGACACAUACUCAACAAAGACCCAAGUCUCCUUUAAAUCUAUAACAUAAUCUAACGCAGGGCUAUAGUGGACUAAAAUAUAUUUUCUAGUACCUCAGUAAUUAACUUUCAGAUACUUUUUUCUUCUACUGAUCUGCGAUCUAAUUUCAUGAUCUGCAAAAUGAUGGUGGCUAGCGGUCAUAAAAUGGUCUCCUACCUUUUUCCUUCAUAACCUCUGCUAGAAUAAGGAAACAGUGCAAAGGACAGCAGGAAGGAGAAGACACACUCACAUAGAAAAUGCAUAGUAAAGGGGAUUACACAGUGAGCUCUGCAUACAAAGGCCUGAAUCAAGAGGGAUCACUGCUCAGCUACUUGCGUUGGAAACUUAUAUGGAAGCAAAGAGGUAUCAGGUGGGAAAUGCCAAGAAUAACCUUCGAAGUCUUGACAAGAUGGAGCACAGAGAGCAAAUGCAGCACAAACAAAGACAGAUGGAAAAUUGUCUCAGCAACAAUUUGGUGGUCAAAAUGGAAGGAAAGGAACUCAAGGUGUUUUGGAAAUACAAGCAACCCCUUGCAAAGAAUCAAAAAUGAAUUGUAUCCUUCUGUUUUGCUUUUGGGGUAUAAGUCAGAACAUAUAGAUGAUCCAGUUUUAAUUAUUGAAAUUCUAUGUUUCUUGUUAGAAGAGCUAGGAGUUGGUCUUUUGUUUCUGCUUUUGUCUGGAUCCUCUGAUGUAAAACACUCAUUCUUUGUCUGAUGAUUUAUAUACAGAUUUUGUUACCUUCUCAGAAAAAAAAUUCUGCUAGUGUAAAAUUACUGAAAAGAAGAAAGAAACAUCUUAUAUCAGCAAACCAUUUCAAUCUAGUUAUCAAUAAGAUUAGCCUACUUCAAAGUCUGCUGAAAGUUUCAGGUGAUGAACAUUCAGAAUGUCCAAAUAAAUAAUUUCCACCAUACCAGUGGGGUAAAAGAUGAACAAAGGUUGUUGCUUAUUUUUUUUAAAAAAAAAUCUAGAAUUACUGCAACUAGUAAAAACAUUUCAAAGUUGAACUUCAAUUUAUCUUCCUCAAAAAAAUAAAAUGUGCACAGAAAUCGUGAUGUCAUUUAUACUGUAUAGCCAAAAGCUAAGACUCACGGAGACAAAUCUAUUGUAGUACUUCCAAGCACAAAUAUUGAAAGAAAC